CGCGCCGGAGCCGCGGCAGCCGCCUGCGAGCGGGGGAGAGGAGCGGACGGAGCCAACAUGGCGGCGCCGAGCCUGAGGCGGGAGUGAGGGAGGCGGCGGCGCCCUCCAGCCCGGGCAGCCCCGCAGCGCUACCGGGGCAGCGGCCCGGAGAGCGGAGCGGAGCGGAGGGAGUGGGGGGAGGAGCGAGCCGGCGGGCAUGGCGAGGGCGGCGUAGGGGAGACCUCGGCGGGUCCCGGUGGGGGUGAGGGCCCAGGCCGCCUCCCCCCCUCAGCUCGGUCGGGCCCGCCCGGUACCGGAGCAGCGGAGGCCUCGGCCCGGCCUUUGGGGAUGGGGGCCUAGGGCCGCCGCUGGGGGCCGAGCCGCUGCCCUCCGUCCUCCUGCUGCUGCGCCGCAGCCCCCGGGCUGCCCUUCCUGCAGGGGCAGAGCCGCCCUCCGCCCGCUCCCCAAAGCCGCCGCAUUUGUGGCUUUUCCUUGUAUUUUUUUUUUCCGAGGGAAAGGGGGGAGGGUGGGAGGAGGCAGAUUGACUUGUGGGGGAGGAAAGGUUUGUCCCUGAGCAGCGUUUGCUGGACUUUCGACCAAGACACUUUAAAAAAGCCGGGUGUUCGCCACCUUCAGAGGAAACCAAAUUUGCCCGGCCCGGGAGGAGGAGGGAAGGCAGAAGCAGAGCCCCGUGCCGGGGUGCGGGAGCGGCCGAGCCGCGGUAGCAUGUGUCAAUAAAGGGGAGGAAGGAAGCGAGCGGAGGUUAGGAGCAAGCGGUGUGACAUUAACCACCUUCUAGCUUCAGAUAACCCUAUUUUGGUCAUUUAGUUAUAUAUUUUGGGAGCUUUAAUUUCUGGGAGAGUCAAGAGUUUUUAUUUUUAGCAUUUAAUACAAAUGUAGGACAGCGCAGCUGUACAAUUUGGGAACAGAGAGGAAAAGCUGGAAGAGCUUUGCUGUGUGACAGGCCAGCUUCCCACUUCAUCUCCAGGCCCAGCUUUCAGAGAAGGCGCAUUCCUGGGAGAUAAGCUAGUGUUAAGGAACUGGUGGAGAGAAGACAAGCACUAAAAGUUAUAAUUGUGAGUAAAUAAUGAAGGAGAAGGUAUGGGCUGAAUUUUAAAAUAACAGCCUACUUCAGAUGACCUUCUCUUGGCUUUUAUAUUAAGGUUUCUAACGCAACCCAAUUCAAUUUUUGAAAAGUUGUUACACUAAGGAAGCAAAUUGAGAUUUAAAGUAUUCUGAGCUUCUUGCCGAUCUCCUUGGUUUAUGAAGGUGGCAUAAAGUGCUGCUGGUAAGAAAGAAACAGUGUAGUUAGUUUUUCAAAAAUGAUGUAUUUAAAAGAAACGACCUAGAGCGAGCAGGGUUAGUUCUGGACUUUCCUCUUCCUCCUCCCCCAUGUCAAUAAAUUAUUUUAGGGUGAAGUAGGAAUGAAGAAGGUUUAGGCAUCAGUUGUUCGAAAAAUCUCUUGGGUGGCUUCUGGCAAGUCUACCGGCUUUAAUGUUGAACUCUGAUAUCUGAAUUUGGAAGUUAGGCUUUCCUGAUACAAGAGCCAUAUGUGAAACUCUUUGUAGGCACUUAAGCAGUUUUGUUGGCUAGUUUAUUUAAAAAGUCAAGGAAAAAAGGGGAUAGAAGACUUCUUAAAAAUUCUUGUUUGGCCACUGUGUUCAAAUUGCUGCAUCAGAGCGGAUAUAAACAAGACAAGAAGAGCUUCUCGCUAAGGAUUAAAAAAGAGAAACUCCGUCCGUUUAAAUCUCGCUCGCGCCUUGAGCUGGCGGAUUGGUUGCAGCCUUCAGCUCAAGGCGUCGAAGCGGGGACAGCGCCCCAGCACCGGGGCGAGGAGCGGACUGCCAUCACUCCCCCUCUCCGCGGAGCAGCUCGCGCCGAGCGUGGCAGCUGCUCGGCCUCCCUCGUCGAGCCGGGAGGGGAUGCGAAUAACGCUGGGCGCGUACGUCGCUUCUCGGACCUUCAGAGCGCUCCGCGAGCGGUCGUUUACGCGGCGACGACACCCUGGGAAGUAGGACGGCGUUACCGUCCUCUCCGCUUGCCCGAAGGCCGCAGGGGUCGCAGCGGUCGGAAGGGCCUCAUGCUCCGCUGGGAACUGCGCGGCGCGCGCCGAGCCUGGCAGCCCUGUACGAUGGCCUCCUUCAAGCGGAGCCGAGCGCAAGCCUGGCCGGAGGAGAGGGGGGACCGCGAGCACGGACUCUACAGCUUGCAUCGUAUGUUUGACAUUGUGGGCACCCACCUGACCCACCGGGACGUACGCGUGUUGUCCUUCCUCUUUGUGGAUGUGAUCGACGACUACGAGAGGGGGAUGAUCCGCAGCGGCCGGGACUUCUUGCUGGCGCUGGAAAGGCAGGGCCGCUGCGACGAGACCAACUUCCGGCAGGUGCUCCAGUUGCUCCGGAUUAUCACUCGCCACGACCUACUGCCCUACGUCACCCUGAAGAGGAGACGGGCUGUGUGUCCAGAUCUCGUAGACAAGUACCUAGAAGAGACAUCCAUCCGUUACGUGACACCCCGAGCUCACAGCGACGCAGAGCACGGUCUCGGUCACCCCCACAAAUCAGUGCCUCCCCACCACCCCGUGGUCUGCUGUUCCUCUGCGGGACCUCAGAUAUGCACCAAGAGGCCUGGCCGUGGGAGAGCCCUCCUCAGCAGCCAGCGGAAGAGGAGGAAGUCGGUGACACCGGACCCUAAGGAGAAACAGACCUGUGAUAUCCGCCUGCGAGUCCGAGCCGAAUACUGCCAGCACGAGACGGCGCUUCAAGGCAACGUCUUCUCCAACAAGCAGGACCCCUUGGAGCGGCAGUUCGAGCGCUUCAACCAGGCCAACACCAUCUUAAAAUCCCGGGACCUGGGCUCUAUCAUCUGUGACAUAAAGUUCUCAGAGCUCACCUACCUCGACGCGUUCUGGCGCGACUACAUAAACGGCUCUUUGCUGGAGGCCCUCAAGGGCGUCUUCAUCACGGACUCGCUCAAGCAAGCCGUGGGCCACGAAGCCAUCAAACUGCUGGUUAAUGUGGAUGAGGAGGAUUACGAGGUCGGGCGCCAGAAACUCCUGAGGAACUUGAUGCUGCAAACGGCCCCCUGACGCGCUGCCGGGCUGCAGCCUGGCUGCUCUUUGGGAUCCAAGCUUUUCUCCACCCUCCCUUCCUCUUUAUUUUUUUUUUUCUUUUUUUAAAAAGAAAAGGAAAAGAUCAUUUAACCCCCCCCCACCUCCCCCCUCCGCCAGCUCCCCUACCUGGACUCCUGCGAAGUACUUUGUAACUCUAGGACCCGGUUAAAUGUGAGGAAGAGCGCCGUGCUGCCGCGGAGCCUGCGGGCACGUGCUGCUGCGCUCCCCUCGGCGCUGGGAGCGCUGCCGGAGCGGGAGGGCCUGCCCGGGAGCGGAGAGCGGUCACGGGCACCGUGUUUUCUUGCCCGCUCUUUCCUGUCUUGUCAUCUUCUCUCUUGCUUUGUUUCCUUUCUCUUUUUUUUUGUUUUGUUUUGUACCCAUUAAAGAAAAGGCAAAAAUCCCGCGUGGGGCCUGUCAGUGCCAGGGGCUGGGCCGGUGCUGAGAGCAGCAGCUGGCACGUGGCAGGACUCCAGAGGUUCCCAACGGGAGUCCGCUUGAUCCGGCGGUGCCUGCGCCGGGUUUGGAGAUGGGGUGGGGGGGAAGACGGCUGGAGCGGGGCAGCUUCACCCCGGCCCCACUGCGGGCUGCCCGGCGCUGUCUCGCGCUGCUCUCUUCUCGCUGUUGCCUCUGUGGGUUUCUCAGGAGUAAAAGAAAAAAAAAAAUUGUCCCCUUGCUUUUGCCUGUGCGGCCGGGCCGGGCUGCGUCCCCCCCGCGGCGUCCCCUAGACCAUGUGCCUUCGUGUCCCCCUCCCCUGCCGGGGGGCAGGGGACGGGGCGGGGGGAAGCACCGGGCUGUUUGUCUCUGCCCUGACCCCUGCGCGUCCGGGAAGGGGCUCCAGGGCUCUCCCUGUGCCUCUUCCCUCCCCCUCUGCUACUGCCUGGCUCCCAUUUCCAAACUGGGACAAACUGGGCUGGAGUGAGGUGGCACUGGGGAGGGGGAAGCCCGUUGCUGGCAGCAGCCUCUGCCUUGCUGCUCGCGCAGGGCUGCCUGUUUUUUGGAGGGCGGCCCGGCACGCGCUGUUCCUUGGCCCCGCGGGUCCCCCGGGCGACUGUCACUUCAGGCCCCCCAAAGAGCUGCGUUCCCUCCGUCCCACCCUGCGCCUUCGCUCCCUGGCUGCUCGCGGCCGCUCCCUGGGGGUGUUUUUCCAACUCUAAGCUGGUUUUGUUUGGUUCCCCCCUGGCACGCGUACACCCCCUCCGGUUACGGACAACUCCGGCACAACUCCGCGUAAUUUCUGUGACUUCUGUAUUUUUUAAGAUCUUCAAUAUAACAGUCAUAUUCCCUGUGUAGCUUUCGGAUUUUCUUGAAAUAAAACAUCUACCGCA